GAUGGUUAUGUGGCAUGCAAAUUAACGGUUACAUCCAGGUCUCCUUCACCGGAGAGCUCUGACGCUCCUCCAUAUACACGUCGCAGGUCGGCAUCUCCACCACCCAGGACUCGAUUGGUUGAGGUUCCCAAAGUCCAGGAUGCUGACCCCGAGCGGCGCGCAGAACGAGAGCGUGCGCUGGCUGCCCGUGUUGCAGCCAUGGAGUUGGAGAAGCUGGAGAAGGGCGAAGACAAGGGCAAGGGGAAGGAGAGGGAGAAGGACCUCGAUGCAAGAGCAGAGUUCGCCAAGCUCACGAACACCCGCUCUGGCGGCGUGUACAUGCCGCCUGCCCGCCUUCGUGCUCUUCAAGAAGCCGCUGCCAAGGACAAGACCAGCGCAGAAUACCAGCGACUCUCGUGGGAUGCGCUGCGCAAGUCUAUCACCGGUAUUGUCAAUCGAGUCAACGUUCUGAACAUCAAAAACGUCCUCCCCGAACUGUUUCAGGAGAAUCUUAUUCAUGGUCGUGGGCUGUUUGCUAGGAGCAUCAUGAAGGCUCAAGCUGCCAGUUUGCCCUUCACACCCGUAUUCGCUGCUCUCGUCGCUGUCAUCAACACGAAGCUGCCUCAGGUGGGAGAGCUGGUGGUCACCCGUUUGAUCAGUCAGUUCAGGAGGUCAUUCAAGCGUAAUGACAAGACUGUAUGUCAUUCUACCACUACCUUCGUCGCCCACCUCGUGAACCAGCAAGUCGCUCACGAGAUUCUCGCUCUUCAAAUCCUGAUCCUUCUGCUUGAACGCCCUACCGACGACUCCAUCGAAAUCGCUGUCGGCUUUAUGCGCGAAGUUGGUGCAUUCCUCACGGAGAACUCACCCAAAGCCAACGCUUCCGUCUUCGAGCGCUUUCGUGCUGUGCUCAACGAGGGUGCCAUUAGCCACCGUGUACAGUACAUGAUCGAAGUCCUCAUGCAGGUUCGGAAGGACAAGUUCAAGGACAAUCCCAUUAUCCCCGAAGGCUUAGACUUGGUCGAGGAGGAUGAGCAGAUCACUCACCAGGUCUCUCUUGAGGACGAACUUCAGGUCCAGGAAGGUCUCAACAUUUUCAAGCUGGACCCGAACUACUUGGAGAACGAAGAGAAGUAUAAAGCCAUCAAGGCUGAAAUUUUAGGCGAAGACGAUGAAGACGACGAGUCCGGUUCUGAAGAGGAGUCCGAAGAGGACUCUGACCAGGAGGAAGCUGUUGAGGAGAAGGAGGGCAUCGAAGACAGGACCGAGACCAACUUGGUCAAUCUUCGACGUGUCAUCUACUUGACCAUCAUGAACGCGCUGAACUACGAGGAAGCCGUCCACAAGUUGCUGAAGGUGCAACUGAAGGAGGGCCAAGAGAUCGAGUUGUGCAAAAUGAUCAUCGAAUGUUGCUCGCAGGAACGAUCGUACUCGACGUUCUACGGUUUAAUUGGAGAGCGUUUCUGCAAGCUGAACCGGGUUUGGAACGAAUCAUUCGAGCUCGCUUUCACGGACUACUAUACCACUAUUCACCGAUACGAAACAAAUCGUCUCCGGAACAUCGCUCGUUUCUUCGGCCAUCUCUUCUGCACCGACUCCAUCUCAUGGGGCGUCAUGGAAUGCGUUAGGCUCGCCGAAGAUGAUACGACUUCCAGCAGCCGUAUCUUCCUGAAGAUCAUGCUCCAGGAGAUGACGGAGUCCAUGGGCCUGAAGAUGGUUGCGGAGCGCUUCAAGGACGACGAGAUCCGGAGGGUGUGCAAUAGCAUGUUCCCCAUGGACAACCCGAAGGACACCCGGUUCGCCAUCAACUAUUUCACAAGUAUUGGUCUUGGUGUCGUGACAGAGGAGAUGCGUGAGCAUCUGAAGAAUGCGCCGAGAAUCAUAAUGGAGCAGCGCAGGGCUAUGCUCGAGAACGAAUCUUCAUCUUCUGACGCAACAGACUCGGAUUCGGACUCGGACUCGGACACCGACUCUAGUUCCGACUCGGACUCGUCCCCCAGCGAUACCGAUUCUGACGACUCCCGACGCUCCAACCGCCGCCGCCGCUCGCCCUCACGAAACGGCCGCGGACGUGACGAUCCGCCGUCCCCACCGCCUCGUUCCGGCCGCCGCUCACCCUCGCCGCCUCACCGUCGACCUGACGACGACCGCAACAGGCGCAGGGACGACCGGGACCGUGAUCGGGACCGCGAUGAUGACCGGUACAGGUCGCGCAGAGACUCGCCGCCGCCCCGCCGACGGGACCAUAGCCCGGACCGCAGAGACCGCGAGCGCAGCCGCCACCGCUCGCCUAUGCGUUCGCCGUCGCCACCGCCGAGAGCACGCCGCGACAGGUCUCGCUCGCGUUCAGUUACGCCGCCGCGCCGUCGAGAGGGCGGGCGAGAUGGUUACGACAGGAAGGAUAGACCCCGGGAUGACUACCGCGAGCGCAAGAGGUAUUCGAAGUCGCCGUCUCGCGACCGGUAUGGUGGUCGUGACUCGAGGCGGUGAGGCUGCUCCUGUAUAAUUACUGUAGGCGUAUCUUGAGCCAUCUGCUUAUCGGUGGUACAGUUAGCGCUUUCUAUCAUGUGCAUACUUUCUCGUGAUAUCUGCUAACUUCGCGGUUCGUUCUAACCAGAAGAUGUCAUUCUCGCCACUGUGUUUCAGAGAUAGAGCUGC